CUUUUCGUCGAAGGCCAAUUAGAGGUGACGCAGCAUUGUUUGAAUCUGUGCUUGUAGGCACGUUGAAGUGCCCUAGUUGUGCGGUGCCUUCGUUUCACUGAGCCGGGUAGUACUGCAUCACAUGGUGUCCGCAACACAAGGAGCGCUGUGCAUGCUGGGAAAGUUGUAAACUAUAUACCUUACUUAUAAGUAAGUUAUGGAACUAGAGUUCUUCAAGCCGCCACUCUAUCAACAGCGUUAUCAGUUUGUGAAGUCCUAUGUGGAUACCUACAAACCCAAAAAGGUUGCUGAUCUUGGAUGCAGCACGUGUUCACUGCUUCACACACUCAGGUUCUGGGACUGCAUCAAGGUGCUUGUGGGUUUGGACAUUGAUGAAGAUGUGCUGAGCCGAAAAAAGUUUACCUUGACUCCUCUACCAGCUCAUUACCUUGAGCCCAGGAACACCUCAUUGACAAUAAACCUAUACCAGGGCUCUGUGACACAAAAAGAUCCAGCCCUUCUUGGCUUCGACCUCAUAACAUGCAUUGAGUUGAUAGAACAUUUGGAAGCAGAGGAGCUGGAGAACUUCCGAGAAGUGUUAUUUGGUUUCAUGGCUCCAAUCACUGUGAUAAUAAGCACCCCUAAUGCUGAAUUUAACAUCCUGUUUCCCAAAUGCACAGGCUUUAGGCAUCCUGAUCACAAGUUUGAAUGGAACCGCAGAGAAUUUCAGAGUUGGGCUACAGAAGUUGCUAAGUGCUUUAAUUACACUGUGGAAAUUACUGGUGUUGGAGAGCCUCCUCGGGAUUCCAAAAAUGUUGGGUUUUGUUCCCAAAUAGCAGUUUUUACCCGAAAUUACACAGAGAGUGAAGAAUCACUUCAAAGGAAAAUGGAAUGUAAGAGUGUAUACAAAACUGUGCUGCACAUUGUAUACCCAAGUCUUCAAGAGGAGAAAUACCUGCGUCGGGCCGUACAGAAAGUAGCAUUAUUCCACGCAUACCAGAUAAAGGCAAAUUUUCUACAGCAAUUUAUCCACAGAGAAGAGGAGGAGGAGCCACACAAUACAGAUACUGAGCAUAGACCCUGCAUGGACUUAAAGCUGACUUCCAGAUGGCCAACACUACCUCAGACAGAGCAGGAUGAAAGCAUGGAACCUUUCCUUCAAGAAGAUACUCUUUAUGUGCCUCUGAAAAAGAUCUUCUCUGUCCCAAAAGUAAAGGAACUUUGUGGGAAUAUGGAUAAUCUAAGAACAAUGAUAACUGGAGAAGCCACUCUUAGUAAUGAUGGCAAUGCCAUUUUAUAUCAUAUUGAUCUAGAAAACAGUUGUUAGUGGCCAAUAGCCUUAGUUAAUGAGAGUUUAUUUUACAUUUAAAUUGUGACCAAAAUAAUGAAUGUCAAAUAGUUAAACUAAAUAAUUUUGUUCUAACCAUAGUCUUUACCAGCAACAGCAAUGCAUCUCUAGUAAACCAUCUGCCAGUCUGAAACCACAUUCAGCUAUCACACCUGACAACCACUAACAUAUAUUACAGUCAUUUGUGGGCUCAUAUUAUGUGUUCCAACUCCAAUGUCUGGUUCAAAAUAUGUAAUUUGUGAUGCCAGCUGUACCCAACAGUUUCAGUACAUGUUUCAUACGAAGCACCUGUAUCUAGUGAAUGCUAAUAUUGUUUUCACAUAUAUUUACAAUUGUUUGUUUUAUUUAAGGAAAGACCUCUUGAAAUGCAGAUCUUUUUGUUUUUUGGUUCCCCACAACAGGCAUGGUGCUGUAUUCACAUACAUAUUUUGAUAAAUACAGGGGAUUUAAUAAAUAUGUACAAGAGGUAA